AUCAAAAUGGCAUCUAAACCUCCAACAAUAAAACAAACCAAAUCUUGGUUUAAUCAAUAUAUAAACUCAUUUAAAUACGCUCAGACGACACACCAUCAAAUCCCAACAACAAAUACUACAACAAUAGAAGUAGAUGGACACUACGAGGAUCAACUAUUCGCCCGGAAGCGUUUCCCAAUCGUCAUGCCCGCCAUUUCCCUCAUCAUGGUCGCCCUGUUCGUCAUAGAUGUCGUACAAACAAAAGACAUGUACAUGGCGGACGGCAUCAUCGCCCAAACCCUGGAAUACCAUCCAUCACGCAAGAAGGAACUCUGGAGAUGGAUCACCUACAUGCUGGUACAUCUCAACGUGGGCCACAUCUUCACAAACGUCGUAUUUCAAGUGAUAUUCGCGAUUCUGGAAAUGGUACUCGGAUAUUGGCGUGUGAUGGCGGUGUUCCUUUGUGGUGUGCUUGCGGGUAGUGUAGGUGUCUCUAUUGGUACGCCAAUGAUACGUUUAGUGGGCGCUAGUGGCGGGACCUAUAGUUUGAUCACUGUGCACUUAGCUUUGGUGAUUAUGAACUGGAAAGCGAUGGAUAAGUUGAGAUUGAUACAUCUAGGUGUACCAAGUGUUUUGAUUGUGUUUGAUGUGGCAAAUUCGUUGAUUACCAGGUAUUAUCUGCAGAAAUAUGAGAGGAUAAGUUAUAUUGCGCAUCUGUGUGGAGGUAUGGCUGGAUUACUCAUUGGUUUAGCAUUGUUUAAGAUCGAAACGCCUGAAGAACACAAAUUUAAGAUGAGUAUUAUUUAUAGAAUACUUCAAGGAAUAGGGAUUGUUAUCUAUGUAGCGUUUAUUGUAUAUGGAAUUGUGUGGAAUAUUGAUAAUUCAAAGUGAUAAGAAUAUAUAAGUGUUUUUAUUAUUAUUUCAUCGUAAAAAUGUGGUUUGUAGUAUUCUAGGAAAAAGAUGUUGAGAUGUUGAGAUUCUUUAGAUAAGGUUAUAUUAUUUGACAGUUUUGACAGUUCAGUGAUGUGGGACAAGUGUUUUUAUGAUUAUUUUAUCAUAAAAAACGAUUCAAGUAAUAAGAUGUUGAAAUUUUUAGUUAAGGUUAUGUAAGGUUAGGUCAUUUGACAUUUUUGACAGUUCUGAGUCGUAGGACAAGUGUUUUUGUUAUUAUUUUAUCGUUAAAAACGAGUCAAAGAAUAAAAUGAUGAAAAUUUUAAAUAAGGUUAUGUAAGGUUAUGUCAUUUGACAUUUUUGACAGUUCUGAGUUGUGGGACAAGUGGUUUUGUGAUUAUUUUAUCAUAAAAAACGAUUCAAGGAAUAAAAUGUUGAAAUUUUUAGUUAUGGUUAUGUAAGGUUAUGUUAUUUGACAGUUUUGACAGUUCUGAGUCGUAGGACAAUUGUUUUUAUGAUUAUUUUAUCAUGAAAAACGAUUCAACGAAUAAAAUGUUGAAAUUUUUAAAUAAGGUUAUGUAAGGUUAUGUUAUUUGACAUUUUUGACAGUUCAGGGAGGUGGGACAAGUGUCUUUGUUAUUAUUUUAUCAUAAAAAACUAUUCAAGGAAUAAGACGAUGAAAUAUUUAAUUAAGGUUAUGUAAGGUUAUGUCAUUUGACAUUUAGACAGUUCAGUCAUGUGGGACAAGAGUUCUUUGUGAUUAUUUAAUCGUAAAACACGAUUCAAGGAAUAAAAUGAUGAAAUUUUUAAAUCCCUACUAAUAUUAUAAAUGCGAAAGUCCUGAUGUUUGUUACACAUUCACGCAAAAACUACUUAACUGAUCAUCAUGAAAAUUUGAACACAUAUUCUUAGUGGUCCCCGAAUGGUUAUAGGCUACUUUUUAUUUAAUAAAAAAAAUUAUUAUUUAAAUAAAAUAAAGAAAUUGUUUAGCCAAUAA